UGCUUCUGAAUACGCUAGCAAUAUAUUUUCCGUCGGUUAAGCGAAGCGAAUUAGGCGGGAAAUAUUUUCCUUGAAUAGGUAUAGAUCUAUUGUUGUAUCAGGCCAAUCAAAAUCUUGUUUUGAUGGUUGUUUUGUUGGUAGCCUUAGUAACGCUGGUAAGGCAAGUUAUCGUGCCGAUUGUUGUGAUUUGUAUGGUCAUUCAGCUUUGGGCACCUAUGCUUACAAACAGAUUAUUUUUCGCUAGUCAUGGAUGAAAUUUCACCACGUAAUUCGCCAAGUCGUCCUAGUGCAAAUAGAACGGACAUUAAUCAGACAUUAAAUUUAGUUUUGGAACAAUUGAAAAGUCAGAAAGAAGAGCUUUCGUCUUUGAGAGACGACGUUAAAGGGACUUCAUUAUCUGUGUCAUCAGAAGUGAAAAAGAUUAAAGACAAAGAGUUGUCGUGGAGAAAGGAGGGCAACAAGAUUCAAUAUAACUUUAACACGGACAUUGAAGAUUCAGUCGUGCAAGCCAAGUGGGCUAUCACAAACAACAAAUCUGACUACGCUCUGGAGGUGUUAGAGGAAACUGCUAGUAAAUUGCAAAAACGUAAAAAACUUAUCCGAAUUGCCGAUACGUCAGAAGGGGGCUGGGAAACGGUUCGACAAUACCAGGCGAAUCCUGUAGCCAGCGACAGUGACGAUGAAUCUAAGAUUUCCAAGGCGGAAAACCGUGCUCUCCGCAAACGCAAGCGAUUUCAAUCGAAAAAAUCGCCGAACGACGCAACUGGGAAACGCACAUUAUUUCCCAGGCCUACUUCUACUGUUGGGAGUAUUGGGAGCGUUCCAUUUCCUCAAUAGGGUAUGCAGCCAUCAACGUCAGGUACCUUUUCGGGAGUCAACGGUUCUCUCGGGACGUCUAAUUUUCGUCCCUACACAAGGAAGACGUUUGGAAGUUGCUUCGCCUGCGGAGACUUCACGCACUACAGAAAAGAUUGUCCCUACAUGUCAGGUUCCUUCAACAAGCAGAGUCAAUCAGCCAUCGAUGUCACCCAGAACAGAAAAUGAGUCAUCAGUUUUGACAGAUGAGUAUUCUAUUUUUAGAUGUAAUUGUUAUGAUUUACACGGUGACAGUUUUACGCAUGAAUAUUUUGAGUAUGAACAGGGUCAAAAAGCAAUAAUUGUUAAAGAUAGGUUAAAACAGUGUUAUGAUUUUUGGCAUAGGAUUGGUGCUAAUGAUUUUAUACUGGAUACAAUCAAAAUGUUUCUCGGACGAAAUAGAAGAUUUACCAGAUGUUUUGGUCGAUAAGGUGACCUGGAUCCCAGAACUACUGAAGGAUGCUCGUGCCGACAGUACCACCAAAUGUUACAAUCGAGGUUUUAUUCGGUGGAGGAAAUGGGCCUUGAGUAAUUCUUUGGGAGAAAAGGACAUCUUUCC